AUGCUUUAUAUAAGAUACUCAUUAACAAAAUUAGAAGAUAUGAGGGAUGAAACAUUGACGCCACGUCACCUAAAAGUUAUAGAUAGAAUUUUUCGUCGACUUAUAGUUGCUACUGAUAACCAUCUUAAAAAAUUGAUUACAUCAACUAAUGAUAUUUUACUUGGAGUAUUGAAUUCGCAAGCUAUUCAAUCAGAAAUUGCUAACAUUGUUGAAAAAGAAAAGGAUAUAAUUGUAAAAGAUCACAACAAGGUGAUUUCCGAAUUGUGGUCAAUUUUUGAUGGUCAAAUCAAUACAAUUAUUUUUGACAGAAACUUGAAACUUCUUGAAGAAUUUGACGAUAGAAAAAAAUUGAUGGUUGAUUCAAUCAUGAACAUUAAACAUCAGUUAAAGUUAUUUGAAACGCAAUUAAACGUUUUAAGCAGUGGAAUAGACAAGCCACUCCUCGUAGAUAUUCCAUUUGAAUUGCAUUUGGCAAGUAUGAAAAAUGCAUUGUUACUAUUAAGUAAUUGGAAAAAGUGA